CAAGCUUGAAAUGUUCUAUAAUUACAUUAGGUACAUUAAGUUACAGAUAUGUUUAUAGACCAGUUAUAGACCAGAUCAGUUUUGAGGUAACUGUACUUUACUGGAGUAUGUUUUAUUUUAUGCUACCUUAUACCUCCCACUCCUCUACACCUACAGAGGGGAAAACUACUUUUACUGCAUUUAUCUUAGAGCUUUAGUUACUUUCCAGGCGAAGAUGUUCCAUUAAAAACACAUUUACAUGUAUUCUGUUGUUGUUGUUGUUGUUGUUGUUGUUUACGGUAUGUGUAUCCUGUUGUUGUAGUUGUUCACAGUAUUUAAGGUAUUCUGUUGUUGUUGUUUACAGCAUUUAAUGUGUAGGCUAUUCUGUUGUUGUUUACAGUUUUUAAUUCUGUUGUUGUUGACAGUGCUUAUUGCGAAUCCUGUUGCUGAUGUUGUUUACAGUAUUCAAAGUAUUCUGUUCGUUUACAUUGUUUACAGGGUUUACAUGUAUCCCAUUGUUGUUGUUGUUUACAGAGGUCUCUUAAUGUGUAUUCUGUGUCGUUUACAGUAUUAAAUGUGUAUUCUGUUGUUGUUGUUGUUUACAGUAUCUAAGGUUUUCUGUUGUUAUUGUUGUUGAUGUUAUUGUUUACACUAUUUAAUGUGUAUUCUGUUGUUGUUGUUGUUGUUGUUGUUGUUCACGUGAAUCUGCGUCACUGCAUGCAAAGAGGUCAAAGUUGAGGUGACGGUACGCGUGUCCCGUGCCAGCAGCGGACGGGGGAAACUGCACGCGCUCUGGUGCUACCACGUUGUCCGCCGGAGGGGGCGGGAGUCUCUUCCCUAUACAAGCCGCCCGCAGCGGGACUCCCGCAACCGCCGGGCUGCCCGGCACACAUGUCCCGCUUACCUCUCCAGUUCCACACCGAGGGAGAGUCUCCCUCCCCGUGGCUGAGUUUAGAGGACGGCAUGGAGAAUGAGGAGGAGGGGGAAGAGGAGGAGGAUGAUCUGGACGAUGAGGUGGACGCUUCUCAGCUGGAGAGAUUUAUGAAAGACAGAAGGAGAGCCAAGUCCCUGCCCGCCUACCCGGCGGCGCUCCUGGGCGGCGUCGGCGGAAAUGAUGGGAGGAAGCGGGUGAAGUUUGCCGACUCCAUGGGCCUGAACUUGGCCAGCGUCAAGCACUUCAGCUCGCUGGAGGAGCCACAGAUUCCGAGUAAAGUUCUGUCCCGACACAAGAGCUUUCCGCCGCAGCAGCAGGACGUACUGAACGACCUGUGCCAGAGCUUCAAGUCCAGCCUGAACACGGACCGCCUGGUCGCCUGCUUUCCGGAGCCCCAGAAGGCGGAGCGGAGAGUCCAGCGGCUCCGCGUCUGCCUGGAGAAGAUCGCCAUCACACAGUUCGACGUGCGGGGCCAGAUCCGGGUCUUUACCGGCUGCGCCGAAAAAGACGUCGGAGUGAGGUACACUUUCAACGACUGGCUCUCCUACGUGGACGCACAGGCUCUGCCCGCGGCCGCGGAUCAGCCGGACUUUGUAGGAGAACGCUUCAGCUUCACCGUGUACACCCCGCCCUUUAUGGACCCCAGUUCGGCCGUGCACUUCGCCGUGUACCUGAGGAGCGAGGAGGGGGAGUUCUGGGACAACAACGAGGGAAAGAACUACACUCUCCAGUACCACUGUAUGCCUGGCACCGCGCCGUUUGUCGGCGCAGCUUUCCACCCCAUCUGACCGGUGCGCGUGUCGCGCGGAAAACCUUUAAAUCUGUGCGUAAAACUUAUAAUCAGUGCGUAAAAGCUCUCCAUCUAACCCGUCAGAUGAAAUCCUUUGCUGCUGUUUUCCACCUGCUGAAUAGGAACACCAUCUGUCCAGUUCUGUGUCAUACGAUGAGUCUUUCUGUGAUCAGGUGACUUAUAGUUUGUCAGUCAGAUGCAAUGACACAGAUCAACUUUAGUUUUCUUUAAUUCUGGCCUCUUAAUGAUUCUGUCAUGUCUUUUCUUUUUUUAAGAAUUAAGCAGCCUCAUCAACACUCAGUAUUGUGAAGGACCACAUAGCGGACAUUUCUGGAUAUGAUUGUGUAUGAACUUGCAUUCAUGGAUUGUCUUUAAGGACACAUAAAAAACAAAGAACUGAUUAUUUGCUCCCACUUUAAAGAAAACAGUUGGUGCCACACCAGUGUCAAGAACCUCCUGGACGUUUUAGACCUUUGGACAUAAGCGUCUCUGUCUCAGUGCAGCUCUUGGACUCUGUUGAUCAGAAAAAGGAUUUGAAAAUAAUUUUAAAGUUAAACUAUACAUACACACACACACACACACACACACACACACACAUAUGUAUAUAUAUAUAUAUAUAUAUAUAUAUAUAUAUAUCUGUGCUUGUGCCUGCAGACAUGUUCAUUUCUGUAAUUAAAGGUAGAGGUAUAAUUCAUAAGCUGUUUUGCUGACUCUGUGUCCUCUUUUUCAUUUCUGUAAUUAAAGGUAGAGGCAUAAUUCA